GCGCAGGCGCGAGGUGACGCCGCGGCCGGGCCGGAAGGAGCGCUGCGGUGGGCUCGGCGGCGGCGCCCGGGCUGUCGCGGCAGCUCCUGCUGACUGGAAGCCGCGGCGACCGACCGAAGCCGCCGGGACCGCCUGGCGAGCCGGCGAGUUGAGCGGCGAAGAGCCGCCAUGUUUAGAUGUUAGCAAGCACAUGUGUUCCUGUCUGCUUUUGAAAAUGGCAGAGGGAAACAACAGUGAAGAAGUAAUUCACUUGAACAGCUUCCACUGCCACCGGGGACAAGACUGGAUCAGUCUCAGAGAUGGACCCAUCACUAUAUCUGACUCCUCUGAUGAGGAAGGGGUUCCAAUGCUGGUUACCCCAGCUCCUCAGCACCAUGAUGAAGAGGACCUGGAUGAUGAUGUCAUCCUGACAGAGACAAAUAAACCUCAGACAUCACGACCCAAUCUCAUCAAACCAGCUGCCCAGUGGCAAGAUCUCAAAAGAUUGGGAGAAGAAAGGCCUAAAAAGCCUAGAGCAGCCUUUGAAUCAGAUAAGAAUGGCUUUUUUUCUGUGUGUAACAGCUCAUUGUUUGAUUCUGGGGCACAGGAUGAUUCUGAGGAUGACUACGGUGAAUUUCUAGAUCUUGGGCCUCCUGGAGUUUCUGAAUUCAUUAAGCCAAGUGGCCAAAAGGAGAGAGAACCCAAGCCUGGACCAAGUCAUAACCAAGCCACAAAUGACAUUGUCAAUCCCCGGUCAGAGCAGAAAAUCAUUAUUUUGGAAGAAGGUAGCCUUCUUUUUUCAGAGAGAGGUCCUUUGGACCCUCAGAACCAGUCAUCUGAAGACUCAGAGACAGAGCUUUUAUCAAACCUCGGAGAAUCAGCUGAUAUCCUAGAUGACCAGGCCAUUGAAGAAGACUGCUGGUUAGACCAUCCUUACUUCCAGUCUCUGAACCAACAGCCCCGUGAGAUAACAAACCAGGUUGUUCCCCAGGAGCGGCAGCCUGAAGCAGAACUGGGCCCACUGUUGUAUCAGCAUGAACCCCCAGGGUCCACUUUCCUAAGACCAGCUUUUCCAAGACCAGAAACCCAGCAGGAUGGGAUUCCAGGCCCUUCUUCUCCUCAGCCUGCACAUCCUCUGGGAGAGCUUGAAGACCAGCAGUUAGCAAUAGACGAUGAAGAGCCAGGUCCAGCCUUUCCACUGCAAGGAACUCAGGAGCCCAACUUGGAAAACCUUUGGGGGCAAGAAGCUCCUGAUGUAGAUCAAGAACUCGUUGCACUAUUAGUGAAAGAAACAGAAGUAAGAUUUCCAGAUGUAGCAAAUGGGUAUGUGGAGGAAAUAAUUCGUUUGAAGAAUUACUAUGAUUUGAAUGUACUUUGUAAUUUUCUUCUGGAAAAUCCAGAUUAUCCAAAGAGAGAAGAUAGAAUCAUUAUCAACCCCAAUAGCAGCCUGCUUGCCAGCCAUGAUGAGACAAAGUUGCCUAAGAUAGACUUUUUUGACUACUCUAAAUUGGCUCCUCUUGACCAGCGCUGCUUCAUCCAAGCUGCUGACCUCCUGAUGGCCGACUUCAAAAUGCUGAGCAGUCAGGACAUCAAGUGGGCCCUGCAUGAGCUCAAAGGACACUAUGCAAUCACCCGAAAGGCCUUUUCUGAUGCCAUUAAAAAAUGGCAGGAACUAUCGCCAGAAACCAGUGGAAAAAGAAAAAAGAGAAAAGAAAUGAAUCAGUAUUCUUACAUAGACUUCAAAUUUGAACAAGGUGACAUAAAAAUAGAAAAGAGGAUGUUCUUUCUGGAAAACAAGCGACGACAUUGUAGGUUCUAUGACCGGCGUGCCCUCCUUCCAGCUGUGCAGCAAGAGCAGGAGUUCUAUGAGCAGAAAAUCAAAGAGAUGGCAGAGCAUGAAGACUUUCUGCUUGCCCUGCAAAUGAAUGAAGAACAGUAUCAAAAGGACGGCCAGCUGAUCGAGUGCCGCUGCUGCUACGGGGAGUUCCCGUUCGAGGAGCUGACGCAGUGCGCCGACGCCCACUUGUUCUGCAAGGAGUGCCUCAUCCGCUACGCCCAAGAGGCGGUCUUUGGGUCUGGAAAGUCAGAGCUCAGCUGCAUGGAAGGCAGCUGCACAUGUUCAUUCCCAGCCAGUGAACUGGAGAAGGUGCUUCCCCAGACCAUCCUGUAUAAAUACUAUGAGCGAAAAGCGGAGGAGGAAGUUGCUGCAGCCUAUGCCGAUGAGCUUGUCAGGUGCCCGUCCUGCAGCUUUCCUGCUCUCUUGGACAGCGAUGUGAAGAGGUUCAGUUGUCCCAAUCCUCGCUGCCGAAAGGAAACCUGUAGGAAGUGUCAGGGACUCUGGAAAGAGCACAACGGUCUCACUUGUGAAGAGCUGGCUGAAAAAGAUGACAUCAAGUACCGAACAUCCAUUGAGGAAAAAAUGACUGCUGCCCGCAUUAGAAAGUGCCACAAGUGUGGAACUGGCCUCAUCAAGUCGGAAGGCUGCAACCGCAUGUCCUGCCGCUGUGGCGCCCAGAUGUGCUACCUCUGCCGAGUGUCUAUCAACGGCUAUGACCAUUUCUGCCAGCACCCUCGCUCGCCGGGAGCCCCCUGCCAGGAGUGCUCGAGAUGCUCCCUCUGGACCGACCCCACUGAAGAUGAUGAGAAGCUAAUUGAGGAAAUCCAGAAGGAGGCUGAAGAGGAACAGAAAAGGAAGAACGGAGAGAACACCUUCAAACGCAUCGGGCCCCCCUUGGAGAAGCCUCCAGAGAAAGUCCAGAGGACCGAAGCCCUGCCGAGGCCUGUCCCACAGAACCUGCACCCGCCGCAGAUCCCCCCCUAUGCCUUUGUGCACCCGCCCUUCCCCCUGCCUCCCGUGCGGCCCAUGUUCAACAACUUCCCCCUCAACAUGGGUCCCAUCCCGGCACCCUACGUGCCCCCUCUGCCCAACGUCCGGGUUAACUACGACUUCGCCCCCGUCCACGUGCCCCUGGAGCACAACCUGCCUAUGCACUUUGGCCCCCAGCCGCGGCAUCGCUUCUGACGCCUGGGCCCGCCCUCCCGGGAGCCCCACCGGGCAGCCUCUGCAGGGUGGGGACUGGAUAGGUAGCCAUUCGCCCCCCAGGCUGAUGGCUGUGCCCCUGCCUUCUACGUAGGGAUGACGGACUUGGCUCUCGAGAGGAUAGAUAGGCUGGGUUUCUCCCUGUGAAGGGCUGGUACCCUCUGGGUGCCCGUAACACAAUCGGUCUGGUACUUGUUGAGACAGAGAUAAGGGAGCAGCAAAACCCUCUUCCUGAAGACUCCGCCGUCCUAGCAGCCAGUGCAGUGGCCCUGACCCCAAGGUAGCCCGUCUCUGUCCCUCAAAGGCUUGCCUCCAUCCCCUCCCCCGGGCAGACAGCAGAAGCCGUCCUUACUGUGGCAGGUGGAUCCAUGGUAAACUGGAGUAACCAAUAGUGCAGUUUGGAGAGAACUGAGCGGUCUGAACCGUGUUCAGAAGGCCUGGUUCUCCUGCUCCACCCUCACCCCCUGGCCCCCCUGGAGUGAGGUGCGCCCUGCGGCCCUGAGCCUCUUGGUCCUACCGAAGAGGUGGCAGAGCGAUGGCCUCAGGCCUGGGAGCCCUGCUCAGGGUGGGGAGGCUGCAGACUGUCCAGAGUCCAGCACCCCAGGCCAAAAGCCGCAGGGACUGUUCCAAGGCCUCUCUCCUUCCCUCUCGCUCUCAGCUGAGCCCAGACAGAGCCGGGUGUUUGUGGUUUAUCUAAAGAAUUGUUUGCUGUUUACUCACCUUGAACUUACCAAGUUUUCCGUGGCUACUAGGGCUUCUCUCCUUCAGUGUCUGGAAAGUCAGAUCUGUUACCCAUGCUUGGCAGCCGAUGAGGGUGGGGUGGUCCUGAAACUUUUGCCCAGCACAAGAUCCUUUUGCCGUGGCUGUGACAGGUCUGGUUGCUCUCCUGGGGAGCUGCUUCUGCCCUAAGUUCUGGAGAGGGGCACAGCUUUCCCCAGGGGAUAGAUGACGCAGAUAGCACUCAGCAGCUGCUCUUUGCUGAGGUCAGGUGAGUCUGGCUGUGAGUCUGCAGGGUGUCCCUGCCGUGUUCCCACUUGCCUUUUGCUGUCCAGCCCCAGCCACCCACGUGCAGAGCAGAGGCCUCCGUGGGGAAUGAGCCUACCUGGCUUCCUGUGUUGGCCUCUGUCCCUGUUGCAGAAGCUCACACUCCCAGACCUCAGAGAGGAGGGCUGUGCCCUGGGACCACGCACCACCAUGUCAGUUACCCACUGCCCUCAGCUUCUCAGAUGUGUUGCAGAAAUUUAAAUGGAGGGGUGAUGGCCUCAGUUGCCUUUCUUACUGUCUUUCUGGGUUUGGACAUUGCAGAUAGGCAGUCGCCCAGGCUUGGGAUUAGGGCUCAUGAGGAGAGGCUGCACUGAGUCUCUGCUGCCGGGAGCCUCUCCUGCCAGGAGCCUCUCCUGCCGGCCGGAGGAGCGCCCUGCCCCAUGCUUCCCCUGCAGAGGCUCAGAGCUGUGAACCGGUAACAGAUGUCCCCCCAGAUGGGGAGGGGGAGCCCAGCUACGCUCUGCCUGUCCCACUCGUAGCAGUGCUCACCCCACCCCACCAGAACCUCCGAGGCCUCCUGAGCCAGUUCGUCAUCCAGCGGAGGAACGGGUUCCACCUCCACCCUGCAGCCAGGCCAUGUGGCUGCACUGAAGGGUCUGGGGCGGAACAGGGACAGACCUUGGGUGGGUGUCACGUGCCCCUGACAGUGCGGUCCCGUGCCUGCCCUAGCACCUAGCACACAAAGGUCCCCCCAAGGCCAAACCGAAGACUUGUCCUUUGAGAUGAGUUCUGGGUGUUUCUAGCCUCAAGAGGCAGCUAGGGAAGCACUCCUGCCUCUUUGAGCCAAGGGCGCCCCAUUUCUUAACGUUCCUUGAGCUGGGCUAUGGAGUGGCUCUCAGGUCUGCCGACCUGGCCCUUACUGUUUGGGGGAAGGUUGUUGCUGCAAGUUCUGACCCUAGCAUGAGUCCCCAGGUGUCUGCAAAAUGACCGUGUCAGUGCCUCAGUGUUCCUGGAGGCAGGACCUGGAUCCAGGCUCCUAGAGAAGCAAGCAGUCUGUUCUCGUGAUGGGAUCGGGGGCCAUAAUCAUCUAACAAGCCAACAGUGGCAGCAAGAUGCAAAUGACGAGAACCUCGCAGAGCUCGGCCCCUGUCUGGGGGCCACAGCAGUCCCGGAGGCAGCCUGGCCCCUUCCCCUCUCAGGCUCUCAGGGCUGCAGCGCCUGCUCCCCAGAGUGACAGACUGCCCAACAGCAGUCCCGUUCUACUUGCCUUAAAACUGGAGAGAGGAAUCUAGUAUUUGCACUUAGCAAGGUUUUAAAACUUUAAAAAAAAAAAAAGUGCAUGACUUGUCACUUUGUAUAAAAAUAGCAAAAAUGAUUAGUUUAUUAAAUUUUUUUCUUUACCUUCUGGUAGUAAAAAUACAUAAAAUAAUUCUGUUUAAACUACUGUGUGUAAAAAGUCUGUAUCAUAUGUAACUUGGACUUUUUGUAAAUAAACGUUUGUGCAGUCUG